UAGAGUAUAGAUAUAUACACACAUAGCAUAUUUAUAUCAAUGUAAUUUUUAUCCGCGUUAAUUAGAAAAUACGCGAUAAAAUUCUGUUUUGUAUUAAUAAUUAAGUUAUAUAGAACUCUUAUUUCUAGUAACAUAUGUAGAAAAGACAUAUGAACGAACUUGUUUUGCAUUUGUGACAUUGGAAGUGUCUAUAAUUAUGACAGGAAUAGUUAGACAAGUAUUCUGUUCGGAGGGAAUUCGACUUUUUAUAUAUGUUGUCACAGGAAUGAUUUUAUUACUAUUCAUACAGCAACAAAUGAUCGUGACGCCGAAAAUUGUAAAUUUUGCAGACGACAUUUCACGAGACAAAGAACAUGGUACAGAUAAGAGCGUCGUGAAUGAGACAAUUGAUAAUGCCAAACAGACGAUUCUUAACGCUGCAUUUUCGCCGAAAACAUUGUCUCACGUGAUACAAAAUACAGUUACAACACAAAAGAAACAACGUACAAGAAAACCGAAAACACUGGACCCUGGGCUUCUCCGUAUAGAUUUAGAUGCAGACGACUCGAGACAAAUUGCAUAUCACGAGGUGUGUACUGAUGAGACGAGAUGGAAUGAGGAGCUUGCACUCAGAUUAGGACGUUUAGCUUCCGACAUGAAAAAUUGGAAUUUUGAGAGUACUGUCGAGUGCCCAAAUAUAAACAUAAGCAAAGUUAUGUUUCCAAAACCAAGACCCAAACUGACCUUAAACUGCAGACAAAGCCAUAGUUCAUACGUGCGCGUAACACAAGCAGACGAUAAUAGUGAUGUUCACUUGGCGCCAUUUGGUGACAGGUGUGUGGAUAAAUAUAUACAGGAGUGUUGCAAAGGAAAGUUUCGUGUUCCAAAUAUUAUCCAUUAUGUCUUGUACAUGAGAGGGGAGUUAAGUUUUGUGGGUUUCACGAGUAUGUUAAGUGUAAUUCGCUUUGUGAAACCAUGUUUCAUAAUUUUCCAUGGCGAUCGUUUGCCGUAUGGAUCAUAUUGGAACUUUAUUGUAAAUAUAUCACCGAACAUAAUUCAUCUAAAAAGGGAGCGCCCAGAAUUUGUCUCAGGAAAACAAAUAAAGUACAGAGAACACUCUAGUGACCUCAUGCGUAUUGAAGCAUUAAUAAAUUAUGGCGGUAUUUAUAUGGAUACAGACACAGUUAUUGUAAAAUCCAUUCAACCUUUAAGGGACUACCCAUGUGUAAUGUCAAACCAAAGCUCAGGCUUGAUGGGCUCGGCUUUUGUUAUGGCCGAAAAGAACGCUAAAUUUCUACAGCUAUGGUUGGAUGGUUACAGGUUUCAUUACCAAAGAUCGAAAUAUACGAAUAAUGCAAUGGUUUAUCCGACAAAAAUUGCUAGAAAGAAUCGUGAUUUGAUUCACAUAGAAUACGGAACAAUAUCCAAGCCAAUCAAUAUGAUUGGCGGGAAAAUUUAUCACCCGGAAUACGCCACUUACAACUGGUCACAUAUUUAUGGAAUACACCUGUAUAGUAGAAUAUUUAAAAAGCCGUUUAAUGAAUAUUCUAUCAGGAAUAUGAACUCAACUGUGGGAUCUAUAAGCCGCCAUGUUGUAUUCGGCAAUAAAGAACUAUGUGAUUAGAUACGUCUGUUGGAAUAUUUGACCAAUAAAGUGGAACAUUGGGCGAUGUGUAAUAUUAAGACAGUAUUUCAUGUUGUUUUUUUCCAAUGCUUAAAGACUUAACGAGUAUUUACUUUGAAAAUGUGAGUGUUUAGCAAGUGAAAUUUCAAAAAUAAUGACACUCAAAAGAAGCGAGCCUUAGCGAGCAACAGAGGGAUACUAAAUAUUAAAGUUUCAAUUAAUUGAUAUUUGCUUAAGCAUUGUUAUACCUAAUUUAACUUAGAAUGGGCUACCAUAUUUAAUUUAAAAAUGCACAUAUCGUUUCUAACUCAUAAAACUUAUUAACAGUUCGUCUCAACACACCAGUAUAACUUUCGAGAUACAUUGAGUACAGGCACUUUUGCUCCUUUUUUUU